AUGUUUACCGCUCUGGAUAGCGUGAGCCUCCCCUACCUCAUCCUGUCGGCAUGUCUCUCUGCCCUGCUGUUCAUGAGAUUCUCGCAAUAUGUUGCGAAAGAGCGCAAACCCCUGGUGAAAGGCUGCCUGCCUGAACCGCGUGCAUUUCAAUGGGAUCCAAUUUUUGGAAUCGACAUUCCAAUCAGUCAGGGAAGGGCCUUGCAGCAAAAUCGCUACCUCGAAUGGCUGCGUGACCUCCACGCCAGCAUGCCCCAUACCAAGACCUUUUCCGUCAAGUUUGUCGGGCACCGCUGGAUCUACUCUACGGAACCAGAGAUUCUCAAAGCUGUGUACGCUACCAACUUUCAAGAAUUUGGCGUGGAACCCAUCAGGCAACAUCCCCCCGGCUUCAAGCCCUUUGCCGACAAGGGAGUCAGCACCAGCGACGGCCAGGACUGGGCGUUUAGUCGGACUCUGAUUAAGCCAUUCUUUGAACGAAGUGUUUACAUCAGUACCGACCGCAUCAGGCCAUUUGCCGACAAGUUUUUGUCGCUCAUACCUGAGGAUGGGGAAACGUUUGACAUCCAACCUCUGCUUCAGCGAUGGUUCCUUGAUAUCACGUCCGAGUUUAUUUUUGGCAAGUCGCAAGACUCCAUGACGCAUGCCGACCGCGCCGAGGUCACCUGGGCCAUGGCAGAUGUUCUCCGAGGCGGUCGUCAACGAGCCCAGACUUACAAAAUCCUGUGGGCCUUUAAAUGGGAUUGGUGGUUCGAGGCUGUUACAAAGGUCCACGCUUUCUUGAACCCGUAUAUUCGAUCUACUCUCAAAGAACUCGAGGAGCGACAGCAGCGCAUCAAAGAUGGCCUUGCAGUUGGCGAGGAGCGCACAGAUUUACUCUGGACCAUGGCAACGAUGCUACCCAACGAAGAAGAGUUGAGGUCUCAGGUCUGCCUCAUCUUUGUCCCAAACAAUGACACGACAUCCAUAUUUAUUGGACAUUGCCUUUAUCACCUCGCCCGCAACCCAGAUGCGUGGAAGAAGCUGAGGGACGAAGUGACAUCGAUUGGCGAAGCGCCCGUUACUUUCGAGAUGCUGCGCAACAUGAAGUACUUGAAUGGCAUCUUGAACGAGACGCACCGGCUGACGCCUAACAAUGUCACUCAAAUCCGAGCCGCCCUUGCUGAUGUGGUGCUGCCCAUCGGCGGCGGACCAGACGGCAAAGCGCCCCUCGAUAUUCGUAAAGGCGACAUUGUGUCGGUGACAAAGACGGUCAUGUAUCGCGACCCGGAUCAGUGGGGUCCAGACGCCAAUGAAUAUCGGCCAGAGCGCUGGGACGGCAUGCGAGGCGGAUGGCACUUUCUACCAUAUGGUGGUGGGCCGAGACGAUGCCCAGCACAGAUGAUGGUCCAGAAUGAGAGUGCCUACAUGCUUUGUCGGUUGGCGCAAAAGUAUAGCAGCAUCGUGGCGCGGGAUCCGGAGCCAUACACGGCGAGAAUGCGCAUUGGUCCCUCCAGUUUGCACGGGGUCAAGAUUGCGUUUUAUAAGUAG